UUAUAUCAGUUAACAAAAAGGAAGAUCUGGCGGGAAAUGUCCUCGCGGUCCUCAACAUCCAUGAAACUUUCAGCUUUCCUUAUAAAGCCCUAAUAACCAAACAAAUUCACUUUCUCUCUCCUCUCACUCACUCAUUCUUCUACUUCUUUCUCUAUUUACCCCCCUUUUUAUUUCUCAAUCUACUUAUUCGUUGCCCUAAACAUGCAAUUUAGGGUUUAAUUUUUCAAUCUCUUACAUUAAUUUUCUCAAAUUUUUCUUGCCAAAAUCUGAACAAAAAUGGAUGAUGUGUUUGAAGAUGACCGUGAAAAGCAAACGUGCACACUCAAUGAGUAUCUGGAUGACCUUGAAGAACGUGAGAUGGAAGCUGAGAUGGUUUUGGGUGGUGAUGACGGAGAUGAGUGUACAUAUUUGAAAGGUUAUUUGAAAAGGCAAGCUAUAUUUUCAUGUUUGACAUGCACACCGGAAGGAAAUGCUGGAGUUUGCACUGCAUGUAGCUUGGCUUGUCAUGAAGGGCAUGAGAUUGUGGAGCUCUGGACCAAGAGAAACUUUAGGUGCGAUUGUGGAAACUCCAAGUUUGGCAACUUCAUCUGUAAGCUUCAGGCAAGUAAGGAUAUAGAAAAUGUGGAGAAUUCCUACAACCAUAACUUCAAAGGUACAUACUGUACUUGUAAUCGCCCUUAUCCUGAUCCUGAUGCUGAAGAGGAGGAAGAGAUGGUACAGUGCUGCAUAUGUGAAGAUUGGUAUCAUAGAGAACAUCUUGGUCUUGAGUCCUCGGAAAAGAUUCCCGUCAAUGAGGAAGGAGAGGCACUAUAUGAGGAUCUUAUAUGCCCAGGUUGCUCAGCAGCUUGCCCAUUCCUGGCCUAUUAUCCCCAGAAUAUCUUUGUUGCUCCUACGAAGGAUGAGGCGGUCACAAAUGAUAAGAAAGGAAAGGCAAUACUGGAAGAGGUUCCAAAUGCAUCUACCUGUGCCAGCACCGGAAAAAUCAUGGAUACCGCUUGUGACAACUCGAAAACAUGUGAUGUUGGCGACAAGCCUGAGAACAUUUCUGGUGGGGAAGCAUCGGUUUCUGUUGAUAUGUCUGAGAAAACUUUAAGCUUGAAUAAAUGCAGUCAAGAUGGCGAGUCGUGCACUUCAUGUAAGCUUGGCUUUGAUCUUGGGGCUGCACCUCCUGCUGUGGAAAGAAACAAGGCUAUAUUCCUCAUAAAGAACUGGAGGGACCUCCUCUGUCGGUGUGAAAGAUGUUCUAAUUUCUACGACCAGAAGUGUGUAAGUUUUCUGCUUGUCAAGGAUGAUUCAAUUGCCGAGUACGAGAAGAAGGCAACACAAAGAAGGGAAGAAAGGCUUCAAAAACAAGAGGGUGCCUCAUUAAACAUGUUCAAUAACCUUGGUCAUGUAGAAAAAGUGGAGAUUAUGAGUGGCAUUGCAGAGAUGAAAAAUGAGAUGGAAAAUUUCUUUGCGAAUCGAGAUGCAUCAGAGGCAGUUACAUCUGCUGAUAUUUACCAACUCUUUGACAAUCUCAAAAAGAAACGCCGCCGUGAAACGUAAGCAAUGUCAUAGAGCUCUGUAAGUUGAAUGUUAAGUUAUGCUCUAGCUUACUUGAGAUGGUUGUAACCUGCAAGACCUCUGAACUAUUCUUAGUGUUCAAACGGUCGUUAGAUGUUUCUGUUUGUGCCCUUUAGUUUGCUCACUCCUUGAAUCAUCAUGAUGUAUAAUUUGCAUUUUCCUGUAUUGUAUUUCUCAUAAACUAUUUAGGAAGUCAAUAGAUC